AACUGAGUACUGUAAAACCCAAUAAGUUAAGGCAACUCAAACUAUGUGAGUUAUUAAAUUUAUCUCAAAAAGAACUUUCAUGACAUUAUGUUUGUGAGUUUUUACAGGUUUUGCAGAUCCAUUAAAAACAAAUAAUUGUUGCAUUAGUGGAUUUUGGACUUAAAGUUGAGAAAGAGACUUCAUUUUAUUUAUUUUUUAAUUUGUUUUAUUUAUUUGUUUGUUUAUUAGUUAUCUCUCUUUAGCAUUGAAUGUUUUAACUUUGAACACAUUUUGACAAGCGUCUAUAAUUUAGGUCCAAGUAGUGGGAUGCAGAACCGGUUAGUUAUAACCUCAGUUUUUGUUUAUUGAAUUUCUGUCCUUUGAUAUGUGAUGUAGUGAAUUAGAAUGAUUUUAUAAAGUGACAGGUGACAUAGUUUAAAUAUAAAAUGUUUAGUUUUUUUCCUUUUCUGUUCUACCUGUAAAUUAGUUCUUGGUUUAUAUGUAAAUAUUUGAUUGAAAACAUUUUACCACUGGAUUGCAUUGCUUUAUCACCAGUAUUUGUUUGUAAAAUUGUUGAUUUAAAAAAAUAAUAAUAUUCACAAUGGCAUCUGUAAACCUUUUUACAAAUAUGGUUUACGUUCCCUUCCAAAAGAGAUGUACAUGUUUUUAAUAAAAUCUGUAUAAUAGAAAUCUGUUUUGUUGUUGUAGACGUAAUUGGAUAACCUUUAAAGGUUGUUAAAAACCUUUCACAGGUACAGCUAUGAUUAUAGUUUUAGUGCAGUACUAAUAUUGCAAUAUUACUAUAGCAAAACCAUGUUUUUGGUGUGUACUGUACUUUUAAAAACCAUAAUAAUAAACCAUAGAUUAAUAAAAGGACUAAGCUGAAAAGAAAAUGAAUGGAUGGAAGGAUGAAUGAACCAUAUAAAACGCAGAGGAGUGAUAACAACGCCAUCUACGGUCACAGACUUCAAUGGUCACGGAAUGGCGUAACACCGGACAUGACAUUAUUUGACAUUCGAUAGUAGUUAUAGGCAGUGUGCAGACGUUUACAGUACAAAGCCAUCAUGAUCUUAGAAUGGAUCUUAUAUAUAAUUUUUUACCUGCUCUCUGCUGUUUUUACUGCAUUUCUUGCGUAUUGUCUGUACAUUCAUUAUGUACAUCAGAAAUAUGAUCAUAUACCUGGACCUCCAAGAGACAAUUUUCUGUUCGGACAUUCACCAUCUCUUACUAAAUCGAUGUAUGCCGACGACAGCCUUAUACAUGACUUGUUUCUUCAAUGGGCAGAAAAAUAUGGCCCAGUUUACAGAAUCAACAGUUUGCAUUAUAUCGCAAUAGUGGUUCACUGCCCUGAGGCUACGAAGACAAUCUUGAUGUCACCCAAGUAUACCAAGGAUCCAUUUGUCUACAGACGCCUAUUUAACUUGUUUGGGAAAAGGUUCUUGGGAUAUGGGCUAAUUACAGCUGUGGACCAUGACAUCUGGUACAGGCAGCGUCGCAUCAUGGAUCCAGCCUUCAGCAGCUCAUACUUACGAAGCUUGAUAAGCACUUUUGACGAGAUGUCAGAACGCCUGAUGGACAAGCUGGAGGAAAUGGCCAACAACAAAACCCCUGCCGUCAUGCACGACCUGGUCAACUGUGUUACACUUGAUGUCAUUUGCAAGGUGGCUUUUGGUGUUGAUUUAAACUUCUUGGCGCAAAAGGAUAGUCCCUUCCAGAACGCAGUAGAGCUUUGUUUAAAUGGCAUGACCGUAGAUCUCAGGGACCCAUUUUUUAGGCUUUUUCCCAAAAAUUGGAAGCUUAUACACCAAAUCAGAGAUGCAGCUGAACUCUUGCGUAAAACGGGAGAGAAAUGGAUACAAAACAGGAAGACAGCAGUGAAAAAUGGAGAGGACGUCCCCAAAGACAUUCUCACACAAAUCCUCAAAUCAGCAGAGGAAGAAAAUGUUAAUAACACAGAUGAUCUUGAGCAGAUGUUGGACAAUUUUGUGACUUUCUUUAUAGCUGGCCAAGAGACAACAGCCAAUCAGCUCUCAUUUGCAAUCAUGGCAUUAGGGAGAAAUCCAGAGAUAUACAAGCGAGCUAAAGCAGAGGUGGAUGAAGUCCUCGGAACCAAAAGAGAAAUUUCAAAUGAAGACCUUGGAAAGUUUACUUACUUGUCUCAGGUGUUAAAGGAAACCCUGCGUCUGUACCCCACUGCGCCAGGAACCAAUCGCUGGCUUCAUGAGGACAUGGUCAUAAACGGCAUUAAAAUCCCUGGAGGCUGUUCUGUUAUGUUCAGCUCGUAUGUCUCCCAAAGACUGGAAAAGUUUUUCAAAGAUCCGUUGAAGUUUGAUCCAGAGAGGUUUGAUGUGAAUGCCCCAAAGCCUUAUUACUGCUACUUCCCAUUUGCACUUGGUCCACGAACCUGUCUAGGGCAGGUCUUCUCACAGAUGGAGGCAAAAGUUGUGCUUGCCAAACUGCUCCAGAGAUUUGAGUUCAGUCUGGUCCCUGGACAGUCUUUCGACAUUAAAGACACGGGAACUCUACGGCCCAAGAGCGGAGUGAUCUGCAACAUCAAGCAGUGCUCAUAGGACAUGUUUAAAUCUCUAAUGACAGCUCUUCUGAAAUAAAUCCUCUUAUAUUAGCCAAACAUUAAUCAGAGAACAGAAGUUGAGCAAUCACCGAUUAUGAUCCAUCAAUUGAUUACAAUGAAAAUACAUUAACUCACAGUACAUUAAUUAAUAUUAAGUGUGCUUCACAGUAUUCACUGCAUUAAAUGUGCUUCACACUGGUGAGUGGUCUGACAAACCACCUGUAGAAACAUAUCAUCUCUUUCUCAUUAAUCAAAACAAUAAACAUUCCCACUCCUUACUCUAGCACAAAAUUUUCUGAGUACAGUUUCUUUGUAUAACCAGUACUUCUUGCGUGUAUUGCCUCUUGUUAAAUCACUGAAUUCCUCCUCAGUUUUAGGUCGAUAUGGAUUAAAAUGAUAAUUAAAAGAUGCAUUAAAAACAUUUAUAAGCA